AUGACCAAUUAUCCAGCAAUUAAAACAUAUAAACUCCAUGUUGGUUCAAUUGGUUUUCUAUCAAUUAACGACAUUGAAUAUUCCAACAUUGCCUCUGGACCAAAUCAACACACUUUCAAGGCUUCUACAAAUAAAAUUCAUUUACAUAUAAGACGUCCUCAUUCUGGUCGUAAAACAUGGAUAACAUUGACCAUCAACGAUCUCAAAAUUAAAUUAUCAUCCAUAAAAUUCUUCACACAAGUAAAUUCACAUAGAAGAAAACCUAGCUUGAUUUCUUCUGUUCCUCAAAAUGCUUGGUGGUCUUCGGUUUGGAUUGUGAAAUUUACAAUAGCAAAAAUAUCUGCGAUUCCAUUACAAUUUGUCAUAGCAGCUUUGUCAAAUUAUUUUGAUAUAUAUAUCAGCAAAAUAAAUAUAUCGGCCGAAGAUUUGGGACAGUUUGAAUUGAAUGAUAUUUCAUUAGCAAUUGUUUUUCCUUAUCUUUCUUCAAUAACUAUUUCUAGUCAUUUAUCACCAACAUGCACAUCUCUUUUAUCUUUCGAAAUUGGUGCUAAUUUCACUGAAAUAGAUUUAAACAUUGAUUCGCUCUUGCGUUUAUUAAACUCUUUAAAAAAUUCCUUGCCAAAAAAAACCCAUAAACGAGAUCCAAAGGAAGCUUUAAGAAAUGCUUAUUUAAAAUUAGGAUUGUCUCGCACUUUUUCAAUGGCUACACUUACUCGUAAACUCAUAAUGAGCCGAAGAAGGAAAAAAACUCCAAUAGAAUUUCUUGGUCUUGAUCUUAGUGUUGAUUCAACAAUCAAUGGUUUUUUGGUGAAAUUAGAACAACGAAAGCUUUUAUCAAAGAAUGCCGAGCCUAAUUUAUUCAAAAGAUCUAUAUUUGGUGAUGGUUCACCAGAACCCGUUGAAUUAUUAUUGAACAUUUCUAUAGACAAUGUUGAAUGUGAUCUUAUAAAUCAGGCAGUCAUAUCUCAAAUGUUACAAGUUAGCAAAGUAAACAGCAUAUUUACAUUUUCAAAGCCUCUAGUUCUAACACCAGAUCUUGAUCCAAAUUCUUUAUCACUUAGAGGAACGUUUGAUAUAAUUUCCCCCGAACUAAUUUUUUCUUAUAAUGAUUUUGAUAUGCUGGGGCAUCAUUCAGAAACAUCAGCACUUUUACCACCAUCACAACCUUCUUCUACUACUGCAAAUCAGUCAUUAAUAAUAUAUGCUGAAGUUUUGAAAUUUCAUUUUUCAUUAAAUUCAAUGUGUAUUAGGGUUGCUGGAGCUGAUUGCUAUGUUGAUGCUUCAACAUCAAGAGGAUUUGAGAUUGGGCUGCAAGAAAUUGUAAUCGAGUACCAAGGUGUCAGGGCAUCAAUUGAUCAAAAUUCAACUCACAAUCAUGAAAAUGCACUUGGUCCUUCAACUAAAUUAAAUCAUGAUAAUGACAAUACUGUGCAAGGUUUUCUUAAAGGUUUCAAAAUCACACCAAUUUUGGCACUUUGGGAUCAUGAACUUAUUGAAAAAACAAAACCUUUAAUCUCCAUUCCAGAAAUUAAGCUUGAAAACAUAUUAUCAAUUAAACUUUUAAAUAAUGAUUGCAAAUUUGCUUUUAAUACCUCAGUCAAGAUUCAUGAAAUUUAUCUAUUACACUCAUUACUAUAUCAUUAUUGUUUUAUAGUAGCCUUUAUGAAUGUUAUAAAUUUAUUUCCAAAAUCUUUGGAGGGCAAGGCAAUGAAGAGUUCUGGUUCUAAUAAAGAGGUUGUUGACACAAAAUUCAACAAUAUUGAAUUGAAUCUGACACUUGAUCACAUUAAUAUAAAUAUUGACUUGCCUGAAGAUACAAAAUUAUUUGUAAGACUAAAUGGAGUAAAUUACCGAUUUGUUUCACCAAUAGUUCAUAGUGUCAGCAUAAAAGAAACAAACAUUGAAAUAUUGUUACACGAAGCUGAGGUUGAUUUAAAAGAUCUUGAUUUACGUGGAAUUUCUGUAAAGUUUAUUGAAGAAAAUGGGUUUCCAGGGUCAGAGAAUCAUGAGCCAGAAAAACAAGAAAGUGAUGAGACAACGAAAACACAUGUAGAAGAUGAAAUAUGGAUUGAUGAUGAUGAAUAUGUGGAAUUAGAUUGUAAAUUACCUGAUGCGAAGCCAGUCGUUCAUAUAUAUCCUCAUAUGAAAAGUCCACAAAUGAUGUAUUAUAAACGACCAGAUAUACAAUUAUCUGAACAAGAAAGAAAAUUUGAUCAUGAUACUCAUGUGUGCAUAAUGGGUCAAGGUCGAGGUAAUUAG